AUGUCUGCAGUAAUGAAAGGCAUUCUGGAACCAGGGUACACCAAGGGUGGAGGCAGGGAUAUGGGGAAACAGGAGACAGGGAGACCUGGAAACUUAGACAAUCUCCAGGAAGGGGCAGAGCAGAAGGUGGUAUUCAUCACAGGACGAGUCCACCCAGGGGAAACACCUUCUUCAUUUGUGUGCCAAGGGAUCAUUGACUUCCUCGUGAGCCAGCACCCUAUUGCCCGCGUCCUCCGGGAUCACCUGGUCUUCAAGAUUGCACCAAUGCUCAACCCUGAUGGAGUCUACCUGGGCAAUUACAGGUGUUCUCUGAUGGGAUUUGACCUGAAUCGGCACUGGCUGGAUCCCUCUCCAUGGGCCCACCCUACCCUGCAUGGUGUGAAACAGCUCAUCGUCCAGAUGUACAAUGACCCAAAAACAAGUCUGGAGUUCUAUAUUGACAUCCACGCCCACUCCACCAUGAUGAAUGGCUUCAUGUACGGCAACAUCUUUGAAGAUGAGGAACGGUUCCAGAGGCAGGCUAUCUUCCCCAAGCUUCUCUGCCAGAAUGCUGAGGACUUUUCCUAUUCCAGCACAUCCUUUAACAGGGAUGCUGUGAAAGCAGGAACUGGCCGUCGCUUCCUCGGCGGACUCCUGGACCACACUUCCUAUUGCUAUACGCUGGAGGUCUCCUUCUACAGCUACAUCAUCGGGGGCACCACGGCAGCUGUGCCCUACACUGAAGAAGCCUAUAUGAAGCUGGGGCGGAACGUGGCAAGGACGUUUUUGGAUUAUUAUCACCUGAACCCCAUGGUUGAGAAGUUGGCGAUUCCCAUGCCGAGGCUGCGGAAAGAAAAACCCCUUCCCUACAAGCACCCACUCCUGCGGGACCCAGCCAGCAACUACCCCAACGGCAAAGGGGACAAGAAGAGCUCAGUGAACCACAAAGACCCUUCAAACCCUUUUUAA